CACCACCUUUUGUCAACACCUAUCUACAUCUUCAAAAAAAAUCGAUAAAGAUAUAAAUAAACUCUCAGUCCCUUCAUAAAGUUUUAAACUUGAAAGCAACCCAGAAGAGGAAACCAUGGCUGGUUCGAGAAAAGAAAAUGAUUUGCCAGAGGAAAAUAAAGAAAACGUUGACAUAAUCUCAGGCUCUGUUUCCGUUAAGAAAGGAGAAGAUAAGGAGAAUGUCUCGCCGGAAAACAGCUCUGAGUCUGUGGAAACUAAGAAGCAAGAUCGAGCUUUGAAGUCUCGAUCGAUGAAGGGAGGUUCUGAGUUUCCGAGUGAGGUUACAAACUUCAAAUCUUUCUCAACGGGUGGUCGAACAGCUCUGAAGCAGACAUCGCUGCAAGUGUGUAUGCAGCUGAACAGUGAAGUCGAUCAAGGUAUGAAAACUUGGACUAGUGUUGAUUCUGAGCAUUCUAGUUCGUUGAAAGUCUGGGAGUUUUCGGAUUCCGAAGCUGCCCCUGCUUCCUCUUGGUCUACUUUGCCCAAUAGGUCGUUGCUGUGUAAGACGUUACCUUUGGAUGUGGGUAGAUGCACUUGUCUGAUUGUAAAAGAACAAUCACCAGAAGGCUUACGUGACGGUUCUGUAUAUUCACUUUAUACACAUGAAGGUCGUGGAAGAAAAGACAGGAAGCUAGCAGUGGCUUACCACAGGCGGCGUAACGGGAAGUCUGUGUUUAGGGUUGCACAGAAUGUUAAGGGGUUAUUGUGCAGUUCAGAUGAAAGUUAUGUUGGUUCCAUGACGGCUAAUCUCAUGGGUUCUAAGUACUACAUAUGGGAUAAGGGAGUUCGAGUUGGAGCUGUAGGUAAAAUGGUGAAGCCGCUUCUUUCAGUUGUUAUCUUCACACCUACUAUAACAACUUGGACAGGGAGUUACAGAAGAAUGAGAGCUUUACUACCAAAGCAGCAGAUAGUGCAGAAGAACAACAAUAAGCAGGUCCAACAAGUUAGUAAACUACCACUAGAUUGGCUUGAGAAUAAGGAUCAAGUUCAAAAGCUAUGCUCAAGGAUACCACAUUACAACAAAAUCUCCAAGCAGCAUGAGUUGGACUUCAGAGACAGAGGAAGAACAAAUCUAAAAAUACAAAGCUCGGUGAAGAACUUUCAGCUCACACUCACUGAGAAUUCCAGACAAACAAUUCUUCAGAUGGGAAGAGUAGACAAAGCAAAGUAUGUAAUUGACUUCAGGUAUCCAUUCUCAGGCUACCAAGCAUUCUGUAUCUGCUUAGCUUCCAUUGAUUCCAAACUUUGUUGUACUGUUUGAACAUUAUAUAAGUUGGGAGAGUUCAAACUCUGAACAUCCCUCCAAAUAUCAUAUCAUCUCUAUUCCUUACUAUUCUCCAUAAAUCAAUGUCUCUAUUCUCCAUAACUUGAAAGUGAUAAAAAAAGAUUCAAACUUUAUUAUAUAAGAUUGUCACAAAAAAAAAAAGAAUUACCAAAAAACAAAACUUAUCAAAAUCCAAUUUUUUUUAGCAAUCAUUAAACUCGCUGUAGAAAUCAGGCGUCAGGAACGAAUCUAAACCACCGAAGAUGACGUCAUCAUCAACCUUCCCGGAGUCUUGACACCCGAAAUACGUCUGAAUAUCGUCCGGGAAGCUCCGGAAAGACGGAGCGAUCUCCGGCGGCGUCGAUGGACCGAUCACCUCCUCUGCGUUCGAGAAAGGCGACGACUUUAGGAACUUUGUUUUCCGGUCAUCGUUGUCGUCGGAGGAGGAUUGGCUCAGCGACAGUGCCGACUCGUGGUCAGGGUUUAUGAAGGGGAUGGGAUCAGGGAGCGGGAGAGUAUUCGCGGCGUCGAUUGGGUUCUCCGUCGCCGGUAAUUUGAGAUAACGGCUUAUGUCGAAGUUAGUGACGGCGUUAAGUCCACGGUACUCUAUUGCUGCCACGUCAUACGCAAUGGCCGCUUCUUCUUGUGUAGCUAACAUAACACCAAAAAAAAGACAGGGUGUAAAUAGUCACAAUCAAAAGAUUAAGGACUUACAUAGAAUUUAGGGAAGUUAGAUUUCCUUUUGUUUAGUAAUUGUUUUAAAAAAAAGUUGUGGUUGCACCAAAAAAAAAAAAAUUGUUAAAAAAACAUUGUAUAAAAGAAACUAUAUAUUGAACUAUAAUGUAUUUAUCUAAUACGUAACGCUAUGCUACAAAACAAGCCUACAACUACAAGUCAAUAGAAAUGUACUUUUCUCUUAAUUUUUCUUUCAAAACUUACUACGUACUUUUUCCCCUUGAGAUAGGACAAUAUGGGAAACAUAAUCA